UGGGUUUUUUUUAAACGCUGAUCAGAAGUCAGCGUGCGUGCUCUCGUUUUACGACUGACCGCAAGAAGAAGCGGCUCGCGAAAACCGAUUCAAAGUCAGCUUAGCGGCGAAACAACGGGGUGGUUUGUGUUUGUUGUCACGAGGUUUGCUUCCUCCCCCGAAAAGAAAAAGAGGCCGAAAAGUAAACAGAAACCGAGGCAGAAGCUGGUGGCGUCUGGAGGAAUGAGAAGACAUCGCUGCUCCUCGGCUAGCAUCGCUUCAUUUAACGCUCGUUCCGUUUAAGGAAAUCUUGGUUUUUGCUUUCUGGAGAGCCCACGAGACAUUCAAGGAGAAGAGAGGCGAAGAAGAUGGAGUUGGUGUGUUUCCGGCUCCCGGGACACGGGGACAUGACCCUGAAGCAUAUGAAUUCACUGAGGUCCCGCCAGCAUUUCUGCGACAUCACCAUUGUGGCCAGCAACAACCAGACGUUCAGGGGCCAUAAGGUAGUGCUGGCUGCCUGCUCGCCCUUUCUGAGAGACCAGUUUCUCCUCAACCCAUCAUCCAGGCUCCAGGUGUCAAUGCUGUACAGCUCCACAGUGGUCUGUGAUCUGCUUCAAUCCUGCUACACCGGUGUCCUGCAGUUCAACCCAGAGGAGAUCGUAAACUACCUAACGGCUGCCAGCUACCUUCAGAUGGAGCACAUUGUUGAGCGCUGCAGAGGAGCUCUGGAGAAAUAUGUGCAGCUGAAGAACCCCGGUCCCUCAAAGACGUCUGCAGAGGAAACUGAUAGCAGGCCGGUGAUCGUCAGCGGCAGCGUUCACUCAGUCGCAUCACCUCCACGCAGCCAGCCGUCCCCUGUGCGCUCGCACAGCCCCUUAGUGCGCCCAGUGGGGGAGAGCAACGGUGAAUUGUCUGCUCAAGGAAGCAGCCAGCACCACGAUGAUGGUGCUGCACUGGAUGACGGAUGUAUUAAGGUCAAUGCAUCCGAUGAGGAUGAAGAGGCCAGACAGGAGGACUACGAUGUGUUCAGAGUAUAUAUUUCUGAAAAUGAGCAUACUGACAGAGACAGGGAGGAGGAGAAAGGAGCUCCCUCCGAGGCACCUAGAGGCACCGGUUUCCCAGAAACAGAAGAAGUUGUGAUUGGAGAAAGCGGCGAAUAUGAUCUGAAUCCAGCAGGUCUCAGUUCUGGGGGAUUUUCAAUAGAGGGCCUCCGUGCUUUAAGGCGAAGAAUCUCCGACACUAAUAUUGGCCACAGCAGAGGAAGGGGAAGGGGGAGGGGUUUCAAAAGAAAAAGGUGGGUGUCAUCUCAGGAGAAAAAGCCUUCAGGCAUCACCCAACACCAGGAUCUGUGGUACCUUGCGUCUGCUGGCGGUGGUUUUGGGCUGGACUACAGCCAAGAAGGGCUCAAGGCAUCAGGCAGUUAUGUUACCGUUGAGCUUCCACAGCUGGACUUCAGCAUGGGCAGCGCACAGGGGGAAAAAGUCUCACCAAUACCAGCGAACAGUUUGAACCAGUUUUCCCUGGAGGAGUCCACUUGUGGUGCUGGUGAAGGGAGUUCAGGGCUGACGACUGUUGGAACAAAUGAAGGCAGCGAUGAGUCUGUCGCCGUGGUGGGGUCUACUUCCAGCGUAGCUGGCCCUGUAAUCUGCGAGCACUGCAACAUGACUUUCCCUUCAGCCCACUCCCUUGCAAUCCAUUCCCGUUCCACUCACCUGCUCUACGCCUGCCCCUGCUGCGGGAAGCACUUCCACCACUCCACCAACCUCACCCGCCACAUGGCUGUGCACAGAGGGGCUGGCAAGACGCACCAGUGCCCUCUGUGCUACAAGACGUUCACCCAGAAAUCCACUCUGAUAGACCACAUGAACCUCCACAGUGGCGAGCGGCCUCAUCGCUGCGCUUACUGCCACGCCCGCUUUGCCCACAAGCCCGCCUUACGCCGGCACCUGAAGGAGCAGCACGGUAAAACCACAGGGCAGAACUCCCUACACGAGCAGGAGGAGAGGGAGAGAGCAAGAGGAGCAGCUGGGGGAAUACGAGAAGAAGAGCAAGAAUGUCUGGUUACUGAAUAAUAAGUCUCGUUACAGACUUCAGGCUUGACGGCUUGUUGCAGUUACAUUUGGACAUCAUAUAAUUUGUCAAGAGCUAAAAAGUGAGAGCUAAAAAUAAAUAAGAUGCCUUUAAAUUCCGGCUGCCAAAAUAAGACUAUUCACAUAUAGUUUUUUUUUUUUUUAAUUUUUAUUUUUAAAGAACAAUAUGUUGAUUUGACAGUGCAGUAAAACACUGGUAUACAAA